AUGCUCAUCUUGAACUUUGACGCACAGCUGUACACGGAUCAAGAGGUUUUCAAGGUCCACGACCUCUUGGAGGUCUAUGGCAUUUAUACCCUUGAUGUACACUACGGCGAGCAGCAAGGCGAUGAGUUUUCUCCAGAGCGGCCAGCGCCCACAUUAGUGCCGCGCAUCCACGUCCUCCACUUUACCAAGCUUCAAAACUCCAACCCUAGUCUUCUUCACAAUCCAGGCACCCCUGGUAAGUGGUGUGUGUGUGUGUGUGUGUGUGUGUGUGUGUGUGUGUGUGUGUGUGUGUGUGUGUGUGUGUGUGUGUGUGUGUGUGUGUGUGUGUGUGUGUGUGUGUGUGUGUGUGUGUGUGUGUGUGUGUGUGUGUGUGUGUGUGUGUGUGUGUGUGUGUGUGUGUGUGUGUGUGCCCCAUUUUCGGUCCUUGGUGGAGAUGAGCUUGCUGCUACCUAUCUCCUUCUCAACCUCAUUUCUAGCGUUCAACUGCGUCGUGAAGACAUUGUUUUGGGCAAGUUUAGCAUCAACCUUCAUCACCGCGCACACGGCAAGGACAUGGUGGCUCAGUUGCGACCUUUGCUGGACCACGUGCUUGACAAGACAGUGGCUUUGCCCUUGCAUGUGGAGUAUCUCAAUCAAACGCGCCUGAUGCCCAAAAAGGAUUAUGAGCGUGAACGGGUAGAAGCAGGUGCUUUGCAAUUGGCAGCCCACACCCACUUGACCCUCGAUGAGACGCUACUCGAACAAGGGCAGCUUCUUGAAAACGGGGUUAAAAACCUUUUGGCGCUGCAGCAAGUGCUGCAGUUUCAGAGCGUCCCCUACGAGUUUGAGCACAUGAGCCCAAUGUUUUUUCCCUGCGAUAUUCCUGUCCUCAUCGUUUCUGAGGCCAAAAGCUUGCUACCGGUUGACAUUAUUGUCCCGGUUGCUCCGGUGCACCCGCCGCGAUCGAGCGAAUUGACAGCCGACGUUGUGGAAGCCGUACGUAGCUUCCUUGCAGCUGCCCGACACACACCAGUGGAAAUUCCCGAAGCCGUGCAAGGAGAAAUUGAGAGACGCUUCGUGCAAUCGCGCCAAGACUCGGCCUCUGUCACAGGCGAUGUGCUGCAUCGCUGGUUGUCCAUGGCAAAGUUGCGGGCUGCAAGCUUUGGCCGUUCGACAUUGUCCAUGGAGGACUUUGAGGCAGUCCAAAACAUGGAGGCUCAACGCGAAGCCCGUGUACCACAGCCGGCCGCCGAAGGCUGAUGGUGAUGUUGGUGGCAAAACGAAAAAAUUUCCCAAUCAAUCGAAACACGC